UCGCGGACUUGUGUUGCUUGUUGUUGCUUGUCGACAAACGUUGUCAAAAUCACUCGUAGCUGUCUGUCUGUCAUUAAUUCUUCCCUGCCUUUGUUUGAUCGCCAUCAUCACAUCACAGCAGCAGCAGGAGCAGGGUGCGCACCGCGGAGAAUACACCAUCUACGAUGACACAGGUGGUGGAUGUAGUAGAGGCGGCAGUGCCGCUGCUCGGCUUGAUGUUGACGGGAUACUGCUUCGCCCGCUUCCGCCGCAAGGCCUUUCCUCCUCAGUCCGUCUUUCUGCUGAACAGCUUCGUGUUUCUUCUCGGCAUUCCAAGCCUGGUGUUCAAGGCACUUGCAACCAAGGAUUUGGACAAGCUGUCAUGGCGCUUCAUCCUUGGGUACAUGCUGUUGCGCACCGUCUUCGGCCUCCUCUCCGCAGUCCCGCUUCUCUGGCAGAAGACAAACGACAAGAUCGGCGACUUUCUCAUCAACCUCAUCUCAAGCACAUGGAUCAACACGGUCAUUUUCGGCAUCCCCAUGCUCGAGUCGCUGUACGGCCCGCGCGUGAAGAUCCUGAACGUGCUUGCCGCCAUCUCCUCCGUCAUCUACCAGCUGCCCAUCAUGCUCAUGUUCUUCGAGUACCGCGAAGUGCUCAAAAACGGCAGCGGCAACGGCAGCCGUAGCGGCGGCGCGGCUGAGCUGCGGUCUGUGCGCGCAUCUGCAGCCAAGACGCAGGAUGAGGCACUCGCCAUGAACCAGGUAUCCAUCAGCUCGCUCAACCGGCAGGAAGUGCCGCAGCAGGUCGUGCCACCAGACACGCGCGAUGCACACGUAGUACAUGAGGCACUGCAGUACCAGCAGCACCAGCAACAUCAUCAGCAUCAGCAGCAUCAUCAGCAACAGCAGCCGGCAUCCGCAGAUGAAGAGGUGACCAUGUACACGGCAGCCAACCUCCCGCACACGUCCUCCUACACCGCUGCCAUCAGCAACACCAACAGCGGCCGCAACAGCAGCGAUGACAGCAACAACAGCAGCAGCAGUAGUAACAGCAACAACAGCCGUGGUGCACUCGUGGCAGCGGCCACCAUCGCGCCUGUUGACGGGAACGAGGCAGAGGACGACACCAUGCCCCGCACUUUCUUCGGUGUCCUGUGGAUUGUAAUCAAGCGUGUCAUUCCCAAACUCCUUCGCAACCACCCCUUUGUUGGCAUCUGCCUCGGUCUUCUCUGGUCCCUCAUCCUGCGAAUGGCCGCAGACGAAAACAACUUCCCCAAGGUCAUUGACACGUUUGUGCAGUACUUUGCGGACUGCGUCACCCCGGUUGCCUCGUUCUGCACGGGCAUGUUCAUGUGCGGCCACGAGCGCGAUGUCAUUCGCAUGUGGAAGCCGCUGCUCGUCUUCCUCCUGGCCAAGAUGAUUGCCAUGCCGGCGCUGGCCAUGCUCGUGUGUGUCAUCGUGGAUCUGGAUGGCAUUGAGGCCCGCAGCGCCGUGCUGCUUGCGUCACUCCCUGUUGCGCUUGCGUCAUUCACCCUCAUCACGACGUACAUGAAGGAACGCCCCUCUGCCAUGGCCCUCACCUCCAGUCUCAUCAUCGUCGGCUCCAUCCUCAUGCCCUUCGUUUUUGCUGCGUGGAACGAGCUCCUCAUUGCCGGCGAUGUCUUUGGCGACAUCCCCGACGGCACAACCUACACGGGUUAACGCGUCGCACACACACGCACACAUGUGCAUAACACUUAUCCAUCUUGUGUGGGCGUGUCCGUUGUGUCGAAUGUGGUGUGUAUCCCUGAGAGCGGGCUCUCCCUUAUCUUUUUCCUGUUUGCUCUGCUUGCUUGCUCUAAGUAUACAUUGCGUGCAUGAAUAAUGGCGCGGAGUGGUCGCAUUGCUUUCGACAUGGCACACAUAUGUGGUGUGUUACCGCUCUAUCCUCUUUCUUUCUAUCCUUCCUCUCCUCUCCCCACACUCCAGCAUCAGCACUUUACAUUCUGACGACCCAAUAAACCCCUCAUCAGCAUCAA